AUGGCUCUCUGGCCCGUGGACCGUUUCGAGCGCAUGGUGGAGGAGCCGUUCAGGCGUCUGGAUCGUUUCUGUCCAAUGCGUGAUAUGGAUUGGAUGAGCCGUCAGAUCAUGCCAUACUGGAGAGAUGCCGAUCACUCCAUGCUUCAUGUGGGAAAUCAAACCAAAGAGCUCAUCAAUGAUGACAAGAAAUUCGCUGUCGCAUUGGAUGUGUCACACUUUAGACCAGAGGAGCUGAAGGAACUUCGUCCACAGAGGGCUCUUUCUGAAGAUUGCGACCUGGAUGCCGUACACACACAGAUCGACAACAACGGACAACUCUCCGUGGAAGCUCCGAAGACUGGCCAACACACCAACAAGAGGGUCAUCCCAAUUAUGCACUAG